AGAAGUGAUAGGAUUGUAAUACUAAAUUAUCAAAUGGCUGCAACAGAUUCUGUAACUUUGGCUUGGAUUAAUUAUUGUUGCCGGGAAGGAUACCACAGACAACUUCAAACAGUUUGUUUGGAUUCCUUGAAGAAAUAUGGAAAUGAUCCAGUUCUGGUAUUUUGGAAAGCAUUUGGAAUGUUAAUGGAGGAUAAUCUGUCGGAAGCUAUUCGAGAACUGGACUCUAUUAAAGAAAAAAAUGAUGUUAUCAUUUGCUCACUGAUGGCCCUAAUUGUUGCAAAUAAACGAGCAAAAACUGCUGAUAAACAAACCAUUCAGCAACUGGAAGCUAAGUUGAAGUCAGAGAGAACUCAAUGUGGAGAAACAGCUUUGUAUUUUGGUGGGAUGUUUUUAUUUCACAGUGGAAGACCAGACAAAGCCAGAGAAUAUGUUGACAGAAUGCUUAAAAUGUCUCCUAGCUCAAAAGAGGGUUUAAUACUGCGUGGUUGGGCAGACAUUAGAAGCUCAAAGGAACAAUAUGUUAAAAAAUCUAUAAAAUAUUUUGAAGAAGCGCUAAACAGUGCACAUUCAAUUAAAGAAAUUGAUGCUAUUUUGGGAAAGAUUGAGUACUUUAAAUUGAGAAAUAACUUCACUGGUGCUUUGGAAAUGGUUAAUCAGCUGAUAGUCAUGUACCCAGACUUUACUCCAGGUUUGGUAGAGAAAAUGCGUAUACAGCUGGCAUUGCAAGAUUGGGACCAAACCAUUGAGACUUCAAUAAGAGUUUUUGCUGCUGAUAGUCAAAAUAUUGAAGCUUUGCAUCUUACAAUACUAAAUUUAAUUUGUCGGGAGACCAAGUAUGAUGAGGCUGUUGAUAAGAUAACGGAAAUCAUUCAGGCAUUGGAUCGAUUGGAACCAAAAAACCCACAUCUUUAUGCUAGCUUCUCAAAGUGUUAUUCGCGAAUGUGUGGAAGAAAUCAAAAUAUUUUACAACAGUCGUUAACACUUAUUGACCGGGCAAGAUCAAUCUCACCGAAAAAUGCAGAUUUUGUUAACGAGACUGGUUAUCAACUUCUGCUUCAAAACAAAAUCAAAGAGAGUUUAAAAUGUUAUCGUCAAGCAAUGAAAAUUGAUGAAUCAAGUGUACAUGCUUUAACAGGAAUCAUACAAUGUCAGAUAUUGCAAGACCAACUUGAUGAAGCUGAACAGCAGUUGGAGUUUUUUAAUGAGAUUCAAUCUUCCAUUGGAAAAUCUGCAGAUAUUCCGUUUUUGAGUGCACUUCUUGGAGUAAAGAAGGGGAAACCUGCUGAUGAAGUGAUGCAGUUGUUACAAGAGACUGUUGAAAAUCAUUUUGGCACACUUUCUGGUUUACCUUUGGGAAGCAAGUAUUUUGAAAGGCUGAAUCCUGAUUUUCUGCUUCAAAUUGUUGAUAUGUUUUUGGUUUACGGUCCAUCUGAGCCAACAGGUGUUCUACUCUCCAACAAUGUAGCUCUGAAGAAGUGUGGACUAAUCCUUGAACCGAUAAUAAAAACUGUUCCAGGUUUAAUCCAAGCAAUUUUUAUGCUUGGAAAAGUGAAAUAUGUGAUGGGUGAUAUUGAAAGUGCUAAAGCUAUUGUACAAAAAUGCUUGGAAAGUGAUCCCACAUUUGUUAAUGCACAUAUUCUUAUGGCACAGAUUUAUCUCCACAAUAACAAUUAUGCUGCAUCUGAAGCUUCCCUUGAGAAUGGUCUUAGUUAUAAUUUUGAAGUCAAGGAAAGUCCCGUAUACCAUAUUAUCAAAGCAAAAUCUCAGAAGAAGCAAAAGAACUUUGAUGAGGCAUUAAAAACAUUAACUGUUGCAAUGAAUUUACCUGGAAUGAGAAGAGCUUCGUCUGCAAGUAACAAAAAGGCCAAAUUUAAUGUAACGUUAGCAAACAGAGUUGCCGUGUACCUUGAACUAGCUGAUGUGCAGAGACAACUAAAUAUGGAGCAUGAAGCAACAAAAACCAUGCAAGAUGCAAUUAACGAGUUUGCUGGCACUCCUGAAGAAAUUAAGGUCACAAUAGCAAAUGCUGACUUUUCGCUACUACGUGGAGACGUUGAAAAUGCUCUUACACUUCUGCGACAAAUCACACCUGACCAAAGCUACUAUAUCCAAGCACGAGAAAAGAUGGCUGAGAUUUACUUAAAAUAUAGAAAAGACAAGCGCUUGUAUACAAGUGUAUAUAGAGAGCUUGUGGAGAAAAAACCUACACCUCAAUCCUAUCUUCUGCUUGGUGAUGCAUAUAUGAGCAUACAAGAGCCUGAAAAAGCGAUUGAUGUUUAUGAAUCAGCAUUAAAGAAAAACCCAAAAGAUGCAAGCCUGGCAAGCAAGAUUGGACAAGCUUUGAUCAAAACACAUCAAUAUGCAAAAGCUAUCAGUUAUUACGAAGCUGCUGUCCGAACUGGAAACCAAAGCUUCUUGAGAUUCGAUCUGGCAGAGCUUCAUAUGAAACUUAAAAAUUUCGAAAAAGCAGAAAGAAUUUUAAGGCAAACAUUAAAAGACGAUUCAUCUAAUGAUUUGUCACAACUUAUGGACGAAGCUAAGUGCACUUUCUUGCUUGCAAAGAUUUAUUUAAAAACAAAAGAUCCAGAAGAAACGAUACAAGCUUUCUUAAAAGCUAGAGAUGUUCAAGGAAGAGUGAUCAAGCGCGUCGGGAUGGAACAGCCAGAUGAAUUGACAGCUCAGAAAGCUUUAGCAGCGAAGAUUAGCAGCCAUAUUGGUGAAUAUUACACCUCAAACAAGGAAUAUGAACGUGCUAUUAAAUCUUAUAAAGAAGCAACUUUUUACAAUGACAGUGAUUCUUCAGCUAUGUUAUCUCUUUCGAAGUUGUAUUUGAUGAAUGGUGAUUUGGAUGCUUGCCAACAGCAACUAGGAAACAUUCUCAAGAACAACAAAGAUGACGAACAAGCAACUUUGAUGAUGGCAGAUUUGCUGUUUCGUAAAAACGAAUAUGAAGCUGCCACAUUUCAUUUUCAACAACUUCUUGAUCGAAAACCAGAUUAUUACGAUGCAUUGGCAAAAUUAGUUGAACUUCUCCGCAGAGCUGGAAAAUUAUCAGAAUGUGAAAAAUUUCUUGAACAGGCUGCAGUAUCCAAUCCACGAGUUCCUUUGGAGGCUGGUUAUAACUACUGCAAAGGUUUAUACGAGUGGUAUCAGAAUAAUGCAUCCUUAGCAUUGAAACAUUUUAACUUGGCAAGAAAAGAUAACUUUUGGGGUGAGAUGGCUUUGUACAACAUGGUGGAGAUAUGUUUAAAUCCUGACAGUGAAAUUGUUGGUGGUGAGACAUUUGAAUCUGUUGGUAACGAAGUCAAUGCAACAGAGAAGCACGACUCAGAACAAAUGGCUAUCAAGACAGCUGAAAAACUUUUAAAGGAUGUGAAACCGAAACAAAGUCGUUUCAAGCAUAAAAUAUUACAGAACACUCUUUUGAUGAGUACAAAGAAUUCCACUCUAGUUCAAAAAGCUUUGAGUAAUCUGAUGGAGAUAGCUCAAUCAGAGAAAGACUAUGUUCCAGCAUUAUUGGGUAUGGCUACUGCUUACAUGAUUUUGAAACAAACUCCAAAAGCGAGAAACCAAUUGAAACGCGUUGCAAAAAUGGACUGGUAUGCGGAGGAUGCAGAUGAUUUCGAGAAGUGUUGGUUGCUGCUUGCUGAUGUGUACAUCCAGAGCGGAAAAUACGACAUGGCGCAAGAGCUUUUAAAAAGAUGCUUAACAUUUAACAAGAGUUGUGCGAAAGCCUGGGAAUAUAUGGGUUUUAUCAUGGAGAAAGAACAAUCGUAUAAAGAUGCUGCGUUGAAUUACGAGAACGCUUGGAAGUUUACCAAUGAGUCCAAUCCAGCAAUUGGUUAUCGUUUAGCGUUUAAUUAUUUGAAGGCAAAGAGAGUGGUUGAUGCGAUUGACGUUUGUCACAAGGUACUGGGGAAACAUCCGAACUAUCCUAAAAUAAAGAAAGAUAUUUUGGAUAAAGCAAGAACACAGAUACGUGCCGGUUGAUGAAAAAUGUUUCAGCUGUUCAAUUUUUUUCUUCGUUUUAUGCCAUGGCAAAGUACUUUGUCUAUACAGUAAAAUCUCUCUAUCUCGACUACUCUCUAUCUCGAACUAAACUCUCGGUCACUUUGUGGUCAGCCUAAGGUAUUUUCUUUUCUUUAUCUCGAACUUUCUUUAUCUCGAACAAAUUUUUUGGUCCCUUGCAAGUUCGAGAUAGAGAUAUUCCACUGUAGUAUAUAUAUGGAUAAUAUAAUGUCGCACGGGUAGGACAAUGUCAGAAAAUAAUCAAUUUUGCCUACGUUUUUUUUGCUUCAGGUGUGUUUUUUUAACCCAGGGGAGGCAACUGUCUUCAAAAAUUUUGCUUGUGUUAUCCUGUGAAGAGUUUGAUGUUAAGGGUUUGUAAUCUAACACUAAAUCUUCGGCAAAACAACAUUUUCAAAACUUUUAUUUUAUUUGAUUUUUUAUAGUAAUAUGAAAGUGUA